UCCCAUCCAUUCUUGCCUUCGAACCUCCAUAUUUCCUAGAGACGCACACUAUGGGCAGCCUCGUUGCUCCGGUCACCGUCCACGAGCACCGGCGUGCCGAACGAGCAGACGGCCCAGCCACCGUGCUGGCCAUCGGCACGGCGAACCCAGCGAACUGCGUGACCCAGCUCGAUUACGCCGACUUCUACUGCCGUGUCACCAACAGCGAGCACCUCGCUGGCAUCAAAGACAAAUUAGACACACUAUGUGUGUCGGCGUCGGGCAGUGAGAAGCGUUUCUUCCACCACACGGAGGAGAUGAUCAACGCGCACCCUGAAUUCCUCGACCGCGCGAAGCCGUCGCUGGACGCGCGCCUGGAGAUCGCCGCCGCCGCCGUCCCAGAGCUCGCCGCGACGGCCGCGGCGAGGGCCAUCGUGCAGUGGGGCCGCCCCGCCACCGACAUCACCCACCUCAUCGUGACCACCAACGCGGGCGCCCACGCCCCGGGCGCCGACGUCCGCUUCGCCGCGCUCCUCGGCCUCCGCCCCACCGUGCGCCGCACCAUGAUCCACCUCAACGGCUGCUCCGCGGGCGCCGCCGCGCUGCGCCUCGCCAAGGACCUCGCCGAGAACAGCCGCGGCGCGCGCGUCCUCGUCUCCUGCGUCGAGCUCACCGUCCUCACCUUCCGCGGGCCGGACUGCCCCCACACCGUCAACUGCCAGGCGCUGUUCGGCGACGGCGCCGGCGCGGUCAUCGUCGGCGCCGACGCCGUGCGCCCCGUCGAGCAGCCGAUGUUCGAGAUGGUCUCGGCUUCGCAAACGCUCAUACCGGGGACCGAGCACGUCAUCACCAUGCAGCUCACGGAGCACGGCCUCGACGGCAACAUCGAUGCCAAAGAGCUCGCCCCUCUCGCCGCGAACAACGUCAAGAAGUGCCUCUCCGACGCGCUCACGCCGCUCGGCCUCGACGGCGGCGAGUGGAACGACCUCUUCUGGGCGGUGCACCCGGGAAGCCCGUUGAUCUUGGACCACAUCGAGAGCGCUCUCCAGCUAAAGCCGGGGAAGCUGGCGGCGACCCGGAGGGUUCUAAGGGAGUACGGCAACAUGCUCGGCAGCACGCUGAUCUUCGUGCUCGACGAGCAGCGACGGCGGAUGGAGGAGGAAGGAGACGGAGCUGAGUGGGGGGUGACGCUGGGGUUUGGACCCGGUUUCACCAUUGAGACCAUGGUGUUGCACGCACCUGAUCAUGACAGCCGGAAGAAGAAUUAGCUUAGCUCAGACGAGCAAAGGUAAGAGAAGGAGAGA